CCCAUCGAAAAUGUUUUAUAACCCUAUUUAUUAAAUAAUUCUAAAUUAAUCUAUUUAACAAUUUCCGUUUUGAGAGAUACAACAAUGUGGGCCGAUACUCUUUUAAUCGUUUUCAUCUCGAUUUGCACGGCGCUUCUGGGCGAGGGUUUAACGUGGCUUCUGGUGUACAGGACCGAAAAAUAUCAGAAAUUGAAGAACGAAGUGGAGAAGCAGAGCAAGAAACUGGAGAAGCGCAAAGAGGCUCACGGAGAGUCCUUGGAUAAGCAGCACAAGAAGAAGAUUGAGCGAGAGGAGGAGAGGUUGAAGAACAACAAUAAGGAUUUGUCUUUUGUUAAAAUGAAAUCUAUGUUUGCCAUCGGUUUUGCUUUCACUGCCCUUUUGAGUAUGUUCAAUAGCAUUUUUGAUGGAAGGGUUGUAGCUAAAUUGCCUUUCAUGCCGAUAUCGUGGAUCCAGGGUCUGAGCCACAGAAACUUGUCCGGAGAGGAUUACAGUGAAUGCUCGUUCAUCUUCCUCUACAUUUUAUGUACAAUGUCGAUCAGGCAGAACAUCCAAAAGAUGUUGGGAUUCGCACCGUCGCGCGCCGCCUCCAAACAGGGCAACAGCCUCUUCGGUCCAGGCCCCGGCCAGUUCAAAUAAGAGAGAGAAAAUAUGGAUGAGCAACGUUUUUAAUUAGGCGGUAAUUUCUUUCUUUUCUUCUUCUCCUCGCAGGACGUCGAGUUUGUAAUGAUAUUAUCCGCGCAUGUUUUCGAUUUUUAUUUAUAAAUAAUUUAAAUCCAUUGGAAAAUAAACAAUUUUUCUAAACUA